UUUCCUCUUCUUUAUGGCCUCCGACAACGAACAAUCUUCUUCGUCCUCCAUGGAUACCUCAGAACAUCAAGAACCAUCCCCUUCUAGACCCAAUCUGUCUCUGAAUCACAGCUAUCAACAUGAUAUGUUAGAUCCGUAUUUCAUGCAUCCCAACGACAAUCCAAGUGUUGCCCUAGUUUCUCCGCCGCUCUCCGCCACCAACUACCAUUCUUGGUCGCGCUCCAUGAUCGUCACUCUCAGAUCGAAAAAUAAAUUAGGAUUUGUGACCGGUGCUCUUCCUCGUCCUCCAAAUAUUGAUCGUCUUUCAAUCGCGUGGGAUCGUUGCAACACUAUGCUCAUGUCUUGGAUCACCAAUUCAUUGGAACGUGAAAUUGCCCAAAGCGUCAUGUGGAUGGAAUCUGUUUCUGAAAUAUGGGCUGAACUUCGUGAAAGGUAUCAUCAAGGUGAUGUUUUUAGGAUUUCUGAUUUGCAAGAAGAAAUUUAUAGCCUUCGUCAAGGUGAUUCUUCAAUUACUUCUUACUAUACCAAACUAAAGCAAUUGUGGCAAGAGUUAGAAAUUUUCGUCCUUUACCUUCUUGUUCUUGUAAUAUGA